AUGCUUGGCUUAGUGGUGCUCUUUGGUGCCACUCCUGCAAUGGCAAAGAACACCCGAUUCCUCGAUUUCUUUCCAGUCUACCGAAGCGACUUUAUUCAAAUCCGCGACGGCCCAUGUGCUGCAGAAUUCGCCCUCAAGCAAGCCGGUGCGCAGGUCUGUCGGAGUCUCCUCGAUUGCAUGCUAGAAAACACAAGCGAAGUGAUCAAAGGCGAUAUGGGAAGUGGAAUCGUCGUGUUGGGCCUGGGACCAACAAUCCUUACAUUCCUCGGCUCAGGCACAGCAGAAACCAGCCUUCUAGCAAGACGCCGACCUCUACUCGCACUUCUUAUAGCAUCCGGCUCUCCAGCAGUCAGCCCCCUCCCAACGUUUGUUUACCCAAAUCCGAUAGAAGAGCUGGAAGCGAGAGACAACCACCUUGCUAUAAUGCAAUUCUCUCCUAUACAAGCAAUUUUCGUGUCGAUCCUGGAGUAUGUUCUGGUAAUGGGGGCUAUCGCGAACGUGUACAUAACGGCUUUCACCAUGGGAUCCUGGAGCAUCAACACGAUCAGCUGUGAUGAUCUUUGGUACCCUACACUUUGGGCGGUGACUACACUUUUUAUUCAUAUUUUCGGCUCGUGGUGCCUAGCACUACGAGUAAGCACACCCGGUAACAAUGAAGAUAGCCAACAUCGGGUAAAGGAAAGACUUUUCCGCUGGAUCAGAAAUGAACUUACGCCCUGCAUUACGCACAACAAGCUGCAGUUGAUUUGGAAGCCAGAGAGCUAUUUGUUUGUCGCGAUAUCCUGGUGGACUUCUCUUCUCACUGUGGUACAUCUCUUAUACGGAACGGUGGCAUUCAGUUCCAUUCAAUUUAUAGGGUAUGUCGACAGCAUACAGAUACUUGCCAGAUUUAUGGGCUCCGCUGUGGUCUGCCGCGCGAUUCUGAUGUUUGAGCUUGCUGGCAUGCGAAACGCCCUAAAAUACGAGAGCCCACAAGAAGAGUACUCUCUAGUGCAAGCGUCUCACACUAGGUUAUCUUCAACUCAUGACUUCUAA